GUCAUGUCGAGCUGGGCUUUGCACUAGCCUAAAGUCGCGCAAGUUUCCAAAAGAAAAGUUUGUUGGUCGAAGUGAGUUUUGGUGUGUGUGACGAUUUGUGAAAAGUGUCCAGUUUUGUAACAUUUCUGUUGGUGAACUAAUUCUGCAUGAAACAAUGUCAGUGCUGCCGAGAAACGUAACGGAAGCCAUCAAGGAGUAUGUGGCCUCCCGGGGGAUCAAGAAUCCCAAGUUUGACAUAUCUAGUGGUUCCCGGAAUGGGGACAGCUACUCGGGCGAUGUGUAUCGGAUUGUAAUUACGCCGGACGAAAAGGAUCUGGAAGACUGCCGCAACAAUAACAGCGAUGGCGUCAUCACCGAGCUUCCAAAGGUCAUCAGCGUCAUCGCGAAGGUAGCUCCGACGAGUCCCCUGCGGAGGAGCCUGUAUAACAGUUCAGCACACUUUCAGCGGGAGAAGUACAUCUUCGAUAUCGUGCUGCCAACGUUCGAAAAGUUCCAGGAAACGCGAGGGCUCAAACCCUCGCGGAUGUUCAACCACUACCCGGCGGUGAUUGCUUCGGACUGUACCGAGGGACAGGAGUUUGUUCUGCAGAAUGACCUUACGGCGCAGGGGUUCAAGAACUUCCAGCGGACGGAACCGUUGGACUACGACAACGUCCUACAGAUUCUGACCGAGCUGGCCGAGUUCCACGCGGUUUCGUUUGCCAUGAAGGAUCAAGCGCCGGAAAUUUUUGCGAAAAUUGUCGGCCAGCUGAGGGAGACGAUUUUCGUGGCACCGUUGCACAGUUCGUUCGAGGGGUUCUUGAAACGGCAGGUCGGCUAUGCGAUGGAAACGUUGCAGCACAAUCCUGCCAAGGGGGACGAUGCCGUUUGCAAGCGGUUGUUCCGCUUCCGGGACGAGUACGGACCGUCGAUGGUGGAGUGCGUCGAGAACAAGGAUGAUGUGGUGAUUUGCCAUGGCGAUUGCUGGAUUAGCAAUGUUCUGUACAGGCAUAAGAACAAACACCACCCGAAGGAGCUGCGAUUCCUCGACUGGCAGGUCACCCGCUGCGGCACGCCGGUCAUCGAUUUGUCCUAUUUCAUCUUCUGCUGCACCGACACCGAACUGCGGAAGCGCCUACCGGAGCUGCUGCGAACCUAUCAUACCGCCCUGGUCGAACGAAUCGACGAGCUCGGCAGCAACGGUCGGAAGCUGUUUCCCUUCGAUACGCUCCUGGUGCAUCUGGAGAAGUUUGCCCGCUUCGGGUUCGGAAUGGCCCUCAUGACCCUCCACUCAACCUGCUGCGUGGAAAAGGACCUGCCGGACGUUUCUGCGGCGCUGGAAUCCUCCGAACUGAUCGAUUUGGACAAAUACACCAAAGAUUUACUCUACAACCCGGCCUACAUUAAGCGGAUGACCGGCGUGUGUCGCGAUAUGGUUAGGCUGGGUUAUCUGUAGGUUAAGUUUUAUGCCACACCACAAACGACCAGUUUGCAUAUUGACAAUAACAAUUUGUAGUUCCCCCCCCCCCCCACUUUCCGACAAACUAGCAAGUAGAAACGUACUUAGUCAGUAUUGAUUGCUAUGAGUGUAUCACGCAAUGACAGUAUUCAAUUCGGGGUCUGUAGCUCCGAAGUAAUCGUAGAUUGCGCCGGAAAUGCACCUGCUUUAAGACACAUAUCAAAAAAUGAACAAACAAAACAAAAACACGGCAUUUCAUGCAGGGAUAUUAGAAUUAGACGACAAUCGAAAAAUUACGAAUCGUAAUCGGCGCAGUAAUCAUCACAUUUUAGUGAUCUGGUUGUACAAUUGGUUGAAUGUGAGUACUAGUUAUAAGAUUUAUGUGAAACAAAGCAUAUAUCAUUGCACUUCCCUGCAUUAGCACGUGGAUACUCAAAGCGAGGGUUAGGUUACUGAUGUUAUUUUUGAAGAUUUGACAUAACACAUUUAAGAUGAAAUGUAACAUAUAUACGUAGGCAGACAUCUGCCGCAAACGAUACACUGCACCCAUGAAAGGUCUCACCCAUUGUAUUUUUAACGAUAGAAUGGAUUU